AUGACUAAUCCUUCGCUUCUUCUCGAAAAACUACCUCCUGAGCUCAUCCGUGUCAUUAUCUCCUAUCUCUCCGCUCCGGACCUUGCAUGUAUCGGUGCCACAUGCCGAUCACUUGCCGCCCAUGCUUCGGAUGACCUGUUAUGGGCAGAUCUCAUAAAUGCAAGGCUGCCUAAUCAAAUCAAGGACCCAGGUAUCUUCGCUUCAUUUCGGCGUUUAUAUUUGGCAUAUCACCCUUGUUGGUUUAUCCCUCAACACAAGAUCUGGUUCGCGGACAACGAACCCACGGGAAUUUUGAUCCUGACUCGCUAUAACAAACGCCGGGGUGUCAUUGAAGGAUAUCAGAUGGUCGCGGAGCGCGGAAAUCCAGAAUUUUAUUUUUGGAAAGCAGAGCCCGCAGAGCCAGCAGAACCCGCUGUAUUGGUACAAUCUUUCGACCCCAUCGUCCGUUUGUUGUUAGAUGACCCGACUUUGUUCCUCAAAGACCCAGACCCGUCAUGCCUGGCAGCUCCAAUCCAACGGUUUUCACAGUCAGAAGAGCGACAUAUGCCCUUGGCGCUGGAAGCCCACCAUGUCUACAGCUCCCUUUCGUUCUGUUCCGCCAUAAGUAACAACCAGGAAUCUCUUACCGAUGGUGAAAUGUGCUGGCCACCUCAGAUUAUUCCAAGCAAUGCCCGCACAUCCCGUCAUACGGGGGGCCACCAGCCAGAAAGAAUUAAGCGAAUGUCGGACAUGUCUGAAUCUUCUUUUCGUAUCAACAAGUGGACGAGCUUCCGGGUCGCGUUCUCGCCAGGCAGAAGCCAGUUGCAUUCGACUUUUUCGACACUCGACCCAGAUUUUUACAACCCGACUACAAAGAAGCCGUACCAGGGCAUUUGGGUUGGAGACUACUCUGCUCAUGGAUGUGAAUUCUUACUUGUUCUGCAGAAGGAUGUGGAUGAGGACCUUUCGGAAGAGUCACGGAGCAUUGAUGUCAGCAAUGGCGAAGAUGGCCCAGAAGUGGACGACAUGAUCGAUCUUGGACAGCGAGGUCGAUUAGAAGGUAUCAAGCUUACAGGUGACAUGAAUGUACCGCGGGGUCAAUACUCUUGGGUAGCUGAAGACAUCGGCCCCGGGGGCUUGGUGGGCGUGGCGGUAGAGGAACCGUUCAUAGGUGCCCGCAUGGUCCGUUGCAAAGGCCAUGUCGCUGGAAUUGGCUUUCAGGAUGGUGAGUACUCCUAUUACUAA